GCCCCAGGUCUACAGGGCGUUGGAACCCGCGUUAUUACAGGCGCUGUAGAGCUUUGGCAUGCUCCCAUAGCAACGCCCACGUCAGAGCUACACCGGAACAUCAUAUGAACAUCAAAUACGUUCUCCUCCACUUUCCUACCACCACUACCACCAGGAAAGCGCGCUCAACAAUACACGGUUCAGCCUCAACGAUCAAGUCGCUAUUGUGUAUAGGAUAUCUUAUCGAGCUCGACACUCCCCGAUAUACGCGCAUAUCUGUUCCCCAUGAGCGGACACACCAACUCCGCGAUGAGUGAAGAUAAUUCUAACGAGAAUCCACCCGGCGCUCUUCAGGAUGAUCAAGAAAAUUCAGAUCAUGUUGAAAAAUACAACACUAGCUCCAUUGUACAAGAGUAUGAUGACUGGGGCGGACCCAUCGACAAUACAGGCACGGCCUAUACGGAAAUGGGCGACAGGGAAUAUAUAAACAAAGUUAAGCAGUUGCUGCAGGGCCAAAUUGCCCGGGCCACUUCCCAGGGCAAAUCCACAGUCCUAUCUGAACUGAACGAACUCUCCGACUCCAUAAAAUUAGAUUCGAUGGAGAGUGUGAUGACUACUUUUCUCAUUUACUUCGCGCGAAAGCUUCGAAGCCCAGAGGAUGAUAUUCAAGAUCACGACAUAGUCAUGUUUUUACUUGACCUGUUCGACGAUAUGCUAGUGAACCUAGGGGUGCUCAAGAUGACGAAGGCUUUGUCCGUAAUGGAGAACGCACUUUAUCACCCAGCCGGGGGUGUAAGGACGAAAGCCGCUGUGGUACUUGAGAAGUGGCGCGACUUGAUAAACGGCCAACUUGCGAGCGAUGAGGCUACUGAAUAUUCCAACGGCAACGUUGUCACUGACAAUCCAGAUGUCUCUCCAUACUCAGAAGACUCCAAUCUUUCGAAGACCGCGGAAUCCCACUCACCAAGGCCAACCAAGAUAGUCGAUAUCAAUGAUUUCCGAGACCAAAUUUGUCGGGCGUUACCUCGAUUGGAUGUGAUUAAAGCAGAACCAAUCUUACCCCAACUGAUGCUCCUCCUAGAAACCGCCAUUUUCAAUCCUCCAGAAGCUGUUAUGUUUGGAUUUCUACAUAUACUUCGGCGAGCAAUCGAGCUUGGCAGGGAUAUCACUGGAAGUUUGCCUCGAGGUGCUGUAUGGAUUCUCAAUGUGCUCGAUCAGAUGCCGAUAAAUGAAGAAGUGCUCAAGGCGACCUGCAUCCUGACUGCUCUCGAGAGUGUACAAAAUCAUUCACACGCCGAUGUACAAACAAGCGUAAAUCAACUCGUCAACAAAUGGCGCAUGUUGAUGAACUGUCAGGAAGUGGGUCAUGAAACUGAGCUAUCCCCAGUGCUACGAGCAUUCUCACUCAAAUUCACGGACAGUAUACAGUCACUCACUGUGAAAAAGAUAGCUUCGAUCAAGACCCACCCGGAACCACCUACAUUGCGUCCAAGACUGCUCACAGAUCAUACUGAUUUUGAAGAUACAACUGUAGAUUUUAGAACAAUCCCAGGAGAUGCUCACACAUUCAGUGCUGCUGGAGCAAGAAAACCAAACAAGCUCAAUAAGAAGGCUGCUAAGGGGCGCUCAACUGCAGACACGUCGGCGGAAUUACCGCGUGCUUCAGCCCAAAACCGUUACACCGAAGACCCAGUCGCUUCUCGUGGAAUUCAGGCGAAGCAUACCUCAGCUACCAGAUCUUUUACGGCGACUCGUCCUCUUGCCAAACAUCCUUCGACUUGUCAAGUGCCGGCUGCGGAACGAAGUCCUCCGUCAGACUCCACAACUUUCACUCUGCCAAUAUUCGUCCCCGAGUUUCCAUGUUGCGCCGAGGCAAUAGCAGCAGGCCCCAUUGCCAAGUCUACCCGCAACGCUUUGAAGAGUAGUCAUGAAACAAGUGGCUUUGAUGGUUUUCUUGUUUAUGUACAGGAUACUAUCAACUUAGGCCAGCCAGCCACGCAGAAGCUUGAAGAAGAACUGAAGGCUUUUCAUUCCUUGGUCGGUUCUGCGGCUGAUGAGCUCAUCAGGGUCGCUCAAAGCACGCUGAAGACUAAGACCUUGAAGCUUACCAUGGGAAACGAAAUCGACCGCCUUGAGCAAGAGGGUGUGAAUUUGAGUAUUGAUAUGGAAUACGUCAACGAAGCUCAGACAGAGACAAAUCGAAAACUUUCCAAACUCCGACGAAAGUUCGCAGGAAUAGGCGAACAGUUACAGAAGGAGGAAAUUGAUCUCCAGCAUCGCCGAGGCGCGAUUGCUGUUGAUUUGUUUCUAGCGUUGAAAACCUUAUGGAAGAGCAGCUGUGUCAACCUCGAGGAAACGAUGAAAUUGAGAUCAAUGCUGCUUGAGAAGAAUGCCCGGAUCAGCAACCUGCUUUCUACAGAAAUGGCUAUGGCUGCAAGUGGUGAUGGCUUGAAGAAAGAGAUGAAAGCCCUCCAAUCCCAUGUCCUCGAGAUAGAGAUCGGGAAUAAGAAGGCUUUAGAAAAAAUCGAGACCCAGAAACGCGAUCUAGACAAAGGAUACUAUGACAACGUGCAGAAGUUGGUCGAUGCUCGAGUGGGCGACGAGAAAACGAGGCUAUCGGAGCGGCUCGCUGAGGCACAUGUCGCAGUGAAGCAGCGUGAUAAGUUGACCCUGAAGAUUGAAGAGCUCCAACCAAAGAUCGCUGAUUUAGAACGGGAGAUGGAACGCUCGAGCGUGGCAAAGGCAGGAUUGGAAACCAAGUACACGCACCUAAAAUUUGAGGCCGACGUAGUCAAAGAGGGCUACGACCAGCUCACAAAACACAACGCAGAACUUCAGAUGGAAAUAUCCGAUCUUCGAGGAGACGUUGUACGAUUGACAGAAGAGCGGGACAACCUGCUCGCCGAACGCGCAUCGGCGCAGAACACACGCAACACCUCACAGGCCAUGGUCCAUCCGCCAGCUGCACUUGCUAUCACUUCUACACCAACGAGUAGGUAUCAGAACGAGCACGAACAUCUGAGUGGCUUGAUCGGAGUCUGGCAGAAUACAUUAGAUACCGUAAUCUCCGACUUAUCCAAGACGCAUGCGGAGAAGGAUGCGCUUGAUUCCAAGAUUCAAGACAUUGAGCGCCAGCUCCAGGAGGUCAAGCCUACACGGAAGUCAGCCCCCCCUACCGGUGCAAAGGUCAAGUCCAACUCUCUGGAUGUAGGCCUGGGGUCUUCAACUAAGAAAGGCCGCCCUUUAGUCUCCAAGGAGGUUCUGCCAUCAACUGCUCAGUCUGGAAUAUUCGCAGCCCGAAUGAGUCGUGUUAGCGCCGGGCCUUUCCCCGCUCUCGGUGCCCCAGCUGCACCUACUUUGAAGAGCUUUGCUGAGGCGGCUGCCGGGAAGGUUCUCCGCGUUGUCGAAGUACCGAAGGCUGACAAGGGAAAACGACCGCGCCCUUCAGCGAUCGAGGCUUUGGCCAGCGAAAAUUCUGAGCACACUGAGGGUUAAGGAGAGGAAUGACAGGUCGUGGGCUGUGGAAAUGAGAGAAGGGCAAUACAAAUAGGAGCUAGGUUGUGUGGGUGUAGUGUGUGCCCCUUAUGCGCAAGAUACCCCUCAAAAUUGUACUGGGUGGUGGCGUUGGAUCUCGGAUUUUAACCUUGCAAUUUUCUACUUCUUCACAUUCUAGCCUGUCUCUCGCAGCACCCAUGUUAAUAGUUAGGUAGUGACCCC